AUGGAAAAUCAGCAUCUCAACAGAAGCAGAAAAACAGAACAGAAUUACCAAAAAGGUCAAAUCUACCUAUUACAGAAUUUUCUUACACUAUUGAUAAUUUUACUAGAUGUACUAUUGCAGCACAAAAUUGAUUUCUUAAAAUGUGGAAAAUUAGUGGAACCCGAAUUAAAUAUUAGUCAUCCCCGGAAGUUAGCUCAAAUGGCUACUAAAAUGAAAAAGAAAAUUUCACAAAUAGUUUCUGAUACUCCUACAAAUGAAAAUGACAAAAAAAUAUACAGUGGAAGAAAUUUUAAUCUUCCAUUUGGAUGUUCGAAUGAAGAACUUUCUGGAGAGUUGACAGAAGAAGAAAUAAAUAAGAUGAUUAGUUCGUGCAUAUUUUUUGUAAGCAAUAAAAAAGCGUAUAUUUUAUUUUACCAUUAUAAUAAUUACCUAAAGAAGACAUUUACAAAUAUGAUUAAGGAUUUGUCGAAACAGUUUAAAGACUUGGCUUUAAAACAUGGAAUGUCAGAAGAAGAACGAAAAAAAAUAUGGGAGAACUGUGAAAAAGAUCUUACAUAUGAACUCAUAAAUAUGGAUGACACUGCUGUGAAGGCAUUUUACUUUUUUGUCAAAAAGCGGGUGUUUUAUUUGUCCCUUCGAGAAUUUCUCAUACGUUGUAAGGAGUUCUGGUACCUAACCAUACGAAAAAAUCAGGAAAAGUGGCUUCAAAUUUUGACUCAAGCAGCGAGAAACUGCAAAAGAAAAGCAACAGAAGAUGUGCAGAAGCAGGGACAGACACAAAUGAAGACCCAGAAACUUGGACAGACUCAGGGCUCAACGAAACGUCAGCUUCAAAGUAAAACAUCCUCAGUUAAGAAAUAA